GGUGGCGACACGGAUUGUUAUGGCGGUGCAAAUUAGCACUAAACCAAGAACAAAGGAAUAAAUCAAGCGUAAAGUUGAACUCCUUUGAUAAAUUUUUUAUACAACCUGGUACUAUGUUCAUUAUAUCAUUUUUGUCAGGCUUUGUUUAUUAUGGACACGAAUAAGUGAUUUCUGGCUGUUCGCACCUCUAAAAACAUUUAUCUUUUUUCUUUCUUUCUUCUCGAAAGAAAGAAAGAUGCGAACAGACUGGAAGAUUGUUUCAGUCGUCUUCCUGGCAGCGGUUUUAAGUCUCCAAUGUAAGUAUUCGCCCACUACGUCUUGUAACAGUACACGGAGUGUUUUUCAGAUCUUGUGGCUCGUCAUUCCCUGGAGGUGGGACCAGCCAGUGUCUUCCACGGGUAGCCAACAUUCUUUAUCAAUACAAGUCAUGGGUGUUUUCGUUCUUGAUAUUCUAUUUACGUUGCUGACCCAACCAUCAAUCAUCGUUCGAUUAAUUCAAGUUACAAGCAAAUCCCACGUUAAGAAUAUGGGUCUUUUCCUAAUCAUAUCUGCAGCGUCAGUUGCUAACAUUUUGUUACAUUGAAAUGGCAAUCGCGUAAAGCUGUUAAAAGCGCAAACCAGGAGCAGAUGCAGCUGUUAAGGAAUUACUCUAAACAAUCUUUAAUAACCCUCUCUUCUUGUAAAACACCGCAUUUAGGUUAGAAGUCUUAAUUAGAUGUUCUGAUCGGCUGACAAAGCUUUGCUUGUUUUCUAAGUAUGAUUAAUGACCAGUCAAACAUGACAAAUAGUUGAUUUGCGACUUUUCAGGGUCUACAGUUUUUUCUUUUCAUAGGCGUGGAUUCUAAAAAGGCUACGAAAACGAAGUUACUGAAGAAGUUACGGCAUAAUGGACACAUGAAAGGUUGAUCAUCUUGAAAAAUUUGUACGCAUUGUAUUUAUAAUUGUAUUUAUAUCUUGUUUUUAAAAUUUUGGUCGUUAUAUCCCUCUUACAUCAUCUCUUUGUUUAACUCUGUUAGCCCAUGCUGCUCAUCAAAGGAGUCUCACUGGCGAAAAGAAAAACGCAGUGCAGCCUACAAAUGAUCAAGUUGCGGGUAAAAAGAAUUGUUACCUGUACUGUUCAAACAUCCAUAUCGCGUGGCUUAGAUAUCAAGUUCUUUACUGAAAUGUAUGCACCAAAUUUUCUCCGCUUUAUCCACAGUUUUCUAUCCCUUUUUUGGUCUGAUAAGUUUACCGAUUUCAUUUUAAUGAGUUGACAACCAUUUAACGAGGAAACUGAAUUUAACUUCCCCUUUAGAGCGCAUUUUGAAAUAAAUCACAACUACCAGUCAGUACAUUGAGCCAAUGAGGACUCGGAGUCAAAACAAGCAAACUGCAAACUGCGGAGAAACGCGAGUGACAAAUCGUAAUGGGUUUUAAUGUUGUGUCUGAUCGGUUGAGAGGGUGGCGCGAGUUUUCUGGACUGACCGUAAAGCGAAAGAAAAGAAAACCAAUGAAAUACCGUUAUGUUAUCGUAGCCUUAUUUUGACAAAUUUACAGCGAUGCAAAACCCGGAGAGUUUACAACCCAGUGAAACGGAAGAACUAAACCAGCUGCAGAACUAUAACAAGCAGUAUAUCAACAACGAAAUGGCAGCCGAGACGGGUAAUAUACAACAAACUGCUUUUUUUUUUCCUAAUUUGAGAAGAAGAAUCUUGAAAUCGAAAGUGAAUGAAGUUCACACCCUUAGUUUGACUUAAACUUCCAAGAUCUUUUUAGUACUUCUCCUUUGUCGUUGCUUCUCUUUUCCUUAAAAAACUACUCAGGAGAAUUUGGUGUCAUAUCGAGAUGAAACAUCACCUGUUUGGUAGAUAAUGUAUGUAUGUUAUGAGGGAAAAUUUCAAGUUAAUCAAAACUAUGACAAAAUUCUCGAACGUGAUUAUUUAUCACCAGCCUGAUUUGAGCACUAAUAGGGCAGUGUACACAUCAUGCUUGUAAUUGGACGGUGUAAUAGGACAGUUAAAGGCACAGUUAACACGUCAUGCCUGUGUAAGUGGAAAGAACGCGUCAUUUGUGCGCGCUGUUGUCUCGCAUUUCGCCGAGUUGGCUGUUGAUUUUUUAUGAAAACGUACAACCGACGUCUAGUUUCUUUCUCAAAUUUUGUCAUCGUUUUGAUUAAUCCGAUUUUGUUAAUCACUUAUAUGAUUACGGACCGAACUGGGCUCCACUCGGCCCUAUCACCAUUACUAAUCACGUCUUCCAAUCGAAGAGUCCGUCAUCAACUCCAGGGGCAACAAAAUUAAUCUUCUUGAAGGAUUCAGAGAUCACAUAAUUUUUUCUUUUUAAUCUUAUGAUGUGGCAAACAUGUUGUAUGACACCUUUUCACCCCUAAUUCGUUACUGACGUCAGAGUUCUUAGGUACUGGGUAAAGUAAGGUUGCAUACAGAGCAUAUUGGGUCCUGUUAGAUGAGUUCUUAGAUAGUCAGUUCACUCUGGCAAACUAAGUGAAGUUUAAUUUAUUAAUCUGAUAUGGAAAAGAGGCGUCAGUUAUGGCACAGAUUCUGUGUUGUUAUUUUCAGCUCUACUAGCAGAUCAAGGAAUUGAUGAUGACUCAGCAUUAAAGAUCUCCAACAUGGCAGCUUUACCCAAUGGAAUGCCUCCAGGAGCUAAUGCUGCUAUUAAAGCCAAGAUCAGUAGUAGCAGUGCGCAUACUCCCCAGGAUCAGUCAGCUGGACAACCGCAGAACUUAAACACUGGCUAUGAUCCAAAUGCUUACUUGUAUGACGCAAACUCUUGGCCAGAGUACACCAUACACGAUUCAGAUUACAGUCACUUCCGGUCAGUGGAAAUGAACAACAUGAAUGGUGAGAACACAGAUAUGCCGCCACAGUACAACAAGCCUGACGGACAUCCUGACUUCCAGAAUAUGGCGAAUGAUGAAAAAAUAGAAUUUCAGGGACAGAAAUUCCAGCAAGAAAAAGGUGAAGAUUCUGAAUCGCUCAAUGACGAAAUGAAGCAAGAGGAUGGGGAGGAGUUUCAGAAGAAACCGUCAAGCGAGGGAAGCCCGGCAACGCAUAAAGUUAGUAGUGAGGGAGAUGUAAAUGACGCGAAACCUGCUGUUAACAGCGGUGCCACUGAAGGGAGCAAAUCUGAGAGUAGCCCAAAGCCACAAGUCACUCCGUCUCAACAGAAACCGCAAGUGGUAGUGCAUAAGGCUGAAGAUGACGCUGCUCCCGCGAAAGAUGCACCUUCGCAAAAGCAGCUACAACAACAACAGCAGCAGCAGCAGCAAACUCAAAAACAGCUGCAAGUGAAGACUUCUCCUGCAAAGAUUGCUGCAUCUGUGGCAGAGGCAGCGGCCUCACUGCCUCCCAAGGCCAUUGCUUCUUUAGUGAGUAGUCUGGUCGGUGGCGGGAAAAUUGUUACAUCAGGUCAAGUCCAGGAACAAAGUCAAGCGAAAGGUCAAGGUCAGGGUCAAAGUAAAGGUCAAGGUCAAGGUCAAGCUAGGAGUGCAGCUCAGUCCCUCAUACCUCAAGACAUUAAUCCGGCGCAAGAACAAACCACAAUAGCUACGCAGUUACACGUUGUUGCGAAGCCAAAGAGACGAUUAUAAGAUUACUAUCUAGCUAAUUAUUUCGUAGUCUCUAGUGAAACAGUGGGAGUGUCAGCAAAUAAAAAGAUCUUUGUUCACUUGGAAGUCAAAUACCAGAUAACCUCACCUUCUCCAGACGGGGCCGAAUGACCAAUCUUUUCAAUUGGCAAGCUGAACUCAAUGUUGCAGAACAAUAAUUUGUACAUUAACUCCAUACAUCAUGAAGAUAAGUCUAGUAUCAUUUAACUUCGUACAUAACUUAAUUUGUAGCAGCUGUUUCAAUUACACAUGUGUAAUAACCAACGUUCAGUUUGCCUUGUCAAACAACACUACUUGUCAGAGCACGGUAUCAUUAAUUUGCCAUAAGGAAGCUCAAGGCUAAUAUACAUAGGGCUAAAACUUGUUAUGAGAGAAAACACGUUUUAUUAUUGUA